CCUCUUCUUUCCACGAAUCGGCUCCUCGCAUAAGAUUUCCAAGUCUACCCUCACGUCACCUCCAGCGUCACCCGAUCCCUCCUCAAACAGACCCGCGCUCUGGCUCCGACCCGGUCGCUGCCGCUGCGUGUGUGGGUUUCGGGGGUGCGGUAAAGGGGAACCGCCGCGUGGGCGUGGCCUGCCGCGUGGGCGUGGCCCGCCGCGCCGCGCCGCGCCGCACGCUGCUGUGCGCAAAUGUGGCAUAUAAGCGCAAAAUGGGCAGAGCGCAGUCCGAGCUCUGCGCAGUGAGAAGGCAGGAAUUCAGCAGGUACCUACAAAGACUUCCUCAACCUCGUGUCGCUCAGCGUGCGCGUGCUGAGGACGAACCCACUGCCUCUAUGUGUGAUGGGCGGAACUACAGCUGGUCCGCACGGCGAAGCGCUCGCUCUGCACUAGUCUGAGCGCCGAGGCCCGAGGAAACCGCGCCUGGAGCACGUUCUGCCGCGUCUCCUGAUUCACAGAACCCACUCCUCCCUGCGGUUCCGGCGUCAUGGCGAGGUCCGCUCCGCUCCUGCUCCUGUGCUUGACCCACAGCGCCCUGGUCCUCAGCAACUCCACGCGCCUCCACUCCAAGUGCAGGGAGGAGGGCGAGGGCUGCUGGAGGUCCAGGUCCAGAGGGAGGAGGGCCAUCAGUGAGGGCGACAUGCGCCUCAUCCUGGACCUGCACAACAAGCUGCGCGGCCAGGUCCACCCGCCUGCCGCCAACAUGGAGUACAUGGUGUGGGAUCAGGACUUAGAGAGGAGCGCCGAGCACUGGGCUCACUCCUGCCGAUGGGAACAUGGACCCAGCCACAUGUUGACGCAGAUAGGACAGAACCUUGGAGCCCACUGGGGCAGGGACCGUCCUCCUUCCUACCACGUCCAGGCCUGGUAUGACGAGGUGCGCUACUACAGCUACCCCUAUUCCCAGGAGUGUAACCCACACUGCCCCUUCAGGUGUUCAGGACCCGUGUGCACUCACUACACUCAGCUGGUGUGGGCCACCAGCAGUCGUAUUGGCUGUGCCAUAAAUGUGUGUUACAACAUGAACGUUUGGGGAAUGAUUUGGGCCAAAGCUGUGUAUUUAGUCUGCAACUACUCUCCACCGGGCAACUGGUGGGGUCACGCCCCCUACAAGUAUGGCCGCCCCUGCUCCGCCUGCCCAGCCAGCUACGCCGGAGGCUGCAGGGACAACCUGUGCUACAGAGAAGGGGGCGUGGCUCCGCGUCCGGCUCCUGAGGCGCAGGAGAGCAACUACAUCGAGCCCGAAGCCGAAGCUGUGGCCCAGUCACCAGAGCCGGCGCCCACUGAAAGCCUGGAGAGAGCCCGGGUUGUCAGUGCAGAGCAGAUGUGCCAGCAGGUCGACUGUGACACUAAACUCAGAGAUCGAUGCAAGGGAACAACCUGUAACAGAUACGAGUGUCCACCUGGAUGUCUUGACAGACCUGGUAAAUUAGUCGGGACGGGAUAUUACGACAUGCAGUCCAGUGUGUGCACAGCUGGUCUACACUCUGGGGUUCUAGACAACGAUGGAGGAUGGCUGGACGUGACCCGACUGGGCCGAAAACAGCAGUUCACCAAAUCAUACAAGAAUGGGAUUCAGUCCAUUGGGAAAAACAGAAGUGCCAAUUCUUUUAAGGUCGAGUCCGUUCCUGUUAAGGCAGUGACAUGUGACACCACCGUGGCGCAGUUCUGCCCGUUCAAGAAGCCUGUGCGACACUGCCCCAGAUUGUAUUGUCCCAGGAACUGUUUGCAUGUGAGUGGAGCCCGAGUCAUAGGGACAAACUAUUACUCAGAUAAAUCCGGUAUCUGCCGAGCCGCGAUUCACGCUGGCGUGAUCCUGAACGAGUCCGGAGGCUACCUGGACGUAAUGCCGGUGGACAGAAGGAGGCAGUACACUGGGAGCCACCACAACAGCAUCACAUCAGAGAGUCUACUGAACCCAACGGGAGGAAAGGCCUUCAGAGUGUUCGCAGUCAUCUGAAAAACCGCCCUCGAAGGGCAGCGUCCCAUCCAACACGGCCACUUUCAUCCAGUGGACCCAUUCAUUAGGAUUUUAAGAACCAUCAUUACAUUCAUCCGCACAGUAAAUAAUUCAGCCAUUCAACCUCAGACACUAGAUGUGAAGCGGGACUUUUCUCAAGGUUUCCAAGUUAAGCUUGUUACUCAGCGCAUCACUGCACAAGAGAGGCUUAGCAACGAGUGGCUGUUGAAAAAUGGAUUCAGACAUGUUUUCACAGCUGACCACAAUUAUGACAUGCCUGCGUAUGUUGUAUGUCAUUAUAGCCUGGGGUACAGCUCUUAUUGGCAAAAUAUACUUACCUUUCUUUAACUUUUGUCUCCUAAACUUGAGUUUGUCGUACUCCAACCAACUGCAGUACCACUCUAGCUGUUUUUCAUAACUUCAUAUUAUUCUGGCAUUCUAGGUUCACCAGUGAAUGUGUAGACAAUAAGCUGAUGAUAUUGGGUGACGCUGCAAAGAUGCCGUUAUCCUUCCGUGCUGUCCGUGCAUGACACCUAUAAGGUUUUUAUUGGCAUCAGUUUGAAUUUGGGGAUAGUUUGCAUUUACCCUUUAAAAUAAAGUUAUACUCUACUGCACAGAUGAUCAUCACAUUGAACAUAAAGCGUUGAAGCCUGGACACCUUAUCGAAUAUGCAGAAUGUAUGGAAUUGACUGCAGUUGGCUGUUUUUUUACAUUCUUCUGUGGCACAUAUGCAGUUUCCAGUUGUGAUGGUGAGAAACCAGUGGCACAAGGUGAAUUUACAACUGAGACUAAAUCUUAUCAGCCACAGUCAUGAGCAAAGUACUGGACUCGUCUCUCUCUACACAGUAGGUACAGUAGGAAAGCACCAGAGGCCUCUCAGUAGCAUCAAACUGCAGCUCAUGUUACAGAAGCUAAACACGGACUCUGUGCUCGCUUUGAUACUUUACCUGCUGACAGUUAGUCAGGGGUUAUUGUGUGUUACCUUUCUGGUGGUUCCUAACCUGGUGGACACAUGUCCGUUGGGAACGUGUUGCCCAUUUGUCCGUGUUGUUGCCACUUUUAACCUUGAACUCACAUCACAGACGCCUGAACUUGAGAGGUAUUGAUUUUGAUCUCCUCAGGUUUUUCUUGUGUUGCUUAUGGGCGACUUUCCAUGAUCCCAACCACCCAAUACCAACAUCCCCUUUACCUAAAGCAGCCAAACUGUUUCACAGUAAUACUGUCCGGUCCAAUG